AUGUUAAAGAUUCUGCUGCUCGCUUUGGUAUUUGGUUUCGCUCAGGCUAAGCUUGAAGGAAUUUGGUAUACCAUUGCCAUCGCUGCUGAUAAUGUAGAGAAGAUAGAGAAAGACGGAGAGAUGAGACUCUACCAUCGGGAAAUUACUUGUGAAGAGGACUUUUCAGGAAAUAAUUAUUUUAAACCCGUGAAGCAAACAGAAGAGCAUGUAGUCUUUACCGUUCAGAAUAUCGAUAAGGAGAAGAAGGAAACAAAACUGAUUUAUGUUCUUGGAAGAAAACAAGAACAGUUGACGCCUGAAGAAAUGGAAAAACUUGUUGACUUUGCUAAGGAAAAAGGCAUUCCACCUGAAAACAUUAGAGAAAUGGUGAAAAAAG